AUGACGACAGACGAUCAGGGUAUCGUUAACCCACCCAGCUGUGGUCAAUCAGCAGCUCCAGGCGAACGACCCAACUCUCCUACCUUUAUCGGAUUGCCUAAGGAAGUGCGUCUCCAAAUCCUGAAAUAUACCCUCAAUCCAGGUGAAGGCGAUUCACGCAAGAUCUGUUACGUGUGGAAUUGCGGCCUUACCAGGAAGCAAAUAGUCUAUGAUGAACCUGAUGGCACGAAAUGCCCCGGAUUCGGUACCAAACGUUGUCCAGGUAUUUUACUUGCCAAUCGCCAGAUUUACGAAGAAGGUCGCGAGAUUCUCCACAAGAUCACCAAAUUCACCUUCUGCUCUCGCGUCUGCCUGCGUCUCUUCUCUCAAUCAGUCAACAAAGACCACGCAAAGCUUGUUGAGGAAAUCACCUGCGGAAAAACGACAGACACACUUCUCACCAUACCUUUUGUUAUGAUCAAACAUAACCAACAAAAGGUUGACAACUACAUGAUGAAUCUGGUGGUAUGCAGCGACGAAGUCGGCGCCAACUUGUCGGUCUUCAUCGACGAUGUCCAAGACAUUCUUGACACGUUCUACGAAAAGGUCACCUGGAACAAGUGCCUUCUGGAUGAGACUCCCAACUACCUCGGCUACAAACCAAUGAGGUUGGUCCUCCAGAAGGCGAAAGAAGAGGCGGACAUCCAGACUGCAGCGGCAGGUAUCAAGUACAUCAAUCGAGGUGCGGAAGUAACCACACUUCCAAAUCCUCCUGACUUGGACCUGUUCUGGGCGAAGGUGUGUUUCUGGCUAUCUACCCCUGCCAAAGGCCGAGAGCCACUGGACGUGUUCUGCGACCAAGUUGAUCACCUUUUCGACUUCGACACGGGUGAGAGCCACUUGGAGCCGCAACUCACUGGCCUGUUUGUGGUCGACGACGAUUGA